AUGGUGACCCCAUCCAUGCCUGCUUGUGGAGAUCGAACGGCCCCAACCUUUGACCCCCAUCAACCCCACAAAUUGAGACAAUAUUUUGCCGAUCUGGACUUCCACUUUGGUCGGUCAGCGAUAGAAGACAAGCAGGAAAAGAAGAAACACACUUGCCGAUUCCUGGACAUCGACACCUACGAGCUUUGGGAAUCACUCACCACUUUCACCGAUGCCACAAAGACAUUCAAGGAGUUCUGUGAAGAAGUCUACAGACUGUACCCCGGAUCAGAGGAAGAGCGCAAAUGGUUGGUAUCAGAUAUGGACAAACUAGUCAGCAAAACGAGCAGGGUCGGCAUCUUGUCUCUUAGUGAACUCGGCGACUAUCAUUGGCGCUUCCUGGUGAUCACGGUAUUCCUCCUCAGCAAGGCACAAAUCUCGGUCGCUGAACAAGGAUACGACCCCUACAACCUCCAAGACAUCCACGACGCGGCCCGAUUCAUCUUGCAUGGCACCACGUCUGCCUACAGCACGACCUCUACCAACAUCUCUCGAGCAGCCCCUGCCGCACUGCCCACCAAUGCAAUCAAAGCUGAAGACCUGGCAACCAUGUUUGAACAGCUCACCGACACCUUUGUCAAGGCCAUCACAGCUCAAGGGACGUCUAGGCCAGCCAAUCGACCAUCCUAG